UAGGAAUCGGUGUUACUGGUAACAAGUACCGUAUGACUCUUGGUAUGCCCGUCGGCGCCGUCAUGAACUCUGCCGAUAACUCUGGCGCUAAGAACCUUUACAUCAUCGCUGUCCGCGGUAUCAAGGGUCGUCUUAACAGACUCCCCGCUGCUGCUCCCGGUGACAUGAUCGUCGCUACCGUCAAGAAGGGUAAGCCCGAAUUGAGAAAGAAGGUUAUGCCCGCCGUCGUUGUCCGUCAACGCAAGGCUUGGCGCCGUAGAGACGGUGUCUUCUUGUACUUCGAAGACAACGCUGGUGGAUCUGCCAUCACUGGACCCGUUGCCAAGGAGUGCGCUGACUUGUGGCCCCGUAUUGCCUCUGCCUCUGGUACCGUCG